AUGGAUACGGAAUUUGGCCCAAAUCCUGAAACUCUCUUUCGACCGGUCAAGAGACGAAAGUUCUUGCGCCGUCGUCCUGAUCCUACAGCAGAAGAUCAAGAUGAAGCGCCAGCCGGGGUGAACGGAACAGAGGCCAGUCAUUCUUCUACUUCUCAGGCCCAUCAAGGCGCCGAUGCCGCUACUCAACUUACGGAUGUGAUGCGCCUCCGACGGCCCCGUCGAGCUCGCAAAGGAGGCAUUGAAUUCUCGACCACCCCGCGACCAACCGCUGACAAUGGGAGCCAGGCCGCCGUCUUGACAGCGGCGGAGGACCUUGAAGAUGAGAAAAUUCAGGCCAUGUGCGACCGGUUUACGGGGCAUACGGGACAAACUGUGGACGUCGAUAAACAUAUGAUGACUUAUAUAGAGACUGAAAUGGCUAAGCGUUUCCGACACGAUGGGUCGGGAGAAACUGUUGAUUCGGAGGCUCCCGCGAUAGACGAAGCCAGUGGCGGACAAUCCACGACCGGCCUGCCACAACGCGAGCCUGCAUCGUUGGGCAAACUACACGAAAUUGAUCUCGGCCAGGAGACGAAGCUACAGAAUAUAGCCCGAACGGAAGCUGCGACCAGAAGACUGGCGGGCGAUGAGGCACAAGAUCCGCUGGCUGAUGAAGAUGGGACGUCCAAGACGGUACCACCAGCAAGAGAAGAUGGAAAGCCGUGGCGGCAUCGGAAACGACGGAAGAGCGAAGAUAUCGAACGAGAUCGGCUUGUUGAGGAAGUCUUGCGCGAGAGCAAACUGGACAUGUACGAUGCGCCAGAGGAAGAAGAGGCACCCGCCGACGACCAGGCCGCGGAUGACCGGAUUGCUGAACAGUUCCGGAGGGACUUUAUUGAUGCGAUCCAGUCACGGCGUCGCGUGGCACGGGCGAAAAACACCAAGACAGCCAAGGCAGAAGUGCCACGGGGACCAAAACUUGGAGGCAGUCGGAGUGCUCGAGCUGCCAUGCGAGAGCAAGAGAAGUCACAGAAAUAA